AUGACCACGUCUGGCCUGCGCAAUCGCGAUCACGGACUUACUCUCACCACCACCACCACCACCACCACCACCACCACCAAGAACAACAACAGCAACACCACCGACUUUGCACCGAGAGCCAUGCCCUCUCCAGGGAUCGCCAAUCUCUUACCCCAGCUCAACGGCACCCCGAUCCUCGGCGAAGAGGCCCGCUCCUCCAUCCAGGACAUCCUCAAGCGCAUCAUCCCGGGCUGGGCUGCCAUCGAUGCCUUCUACUCGAGCUGGCUCAAUCUCGACCUGACCACCCUCGCCGCCGUUCUUACUGUGUUCGGAACCGUUGGGUCAGCCGUUCGCGAUUUGCGCGACGUCUCCCUCAAGCUCUACUGGUGGAUCACCACCUUCUUCACCGCCUCCAUCAGCAUCAACGGCAAUGACCGCCUCAACCGCGAGGUUAUCAACUGGCUCGGCGCCAACGUCCUUACGCGCCAGGGCACCCGCAUCCUGACGGCCUCGUCCGAAACUAUCAACAACGACUCGUGGUCCUGGCGGUAUCGUCCCGUCGAGCGGACCGACUACCACCAUGAGAAGCGGCUCCCCGUCACUUACCUGCCCACCUUUGGAACCACGUGGUUCAUCCACAAGUACCGCCUCUUCAUGGUGAAGCGCAUUCCCAAGACUUCGGCCUACCGGGCUGACAUGCCCGAAGAAUUCGCCUCCGCCCCGCGCGGCGACGAGCCGCUGGUUAUCAUGUGUUUGGGCCGCUCUGUGGACCCCAUCAAGGGCUUCCUCGACACCUGUCGCUCUUUCGCCGACGCCCAGCGCGAGUCGUUCACCACUGUCCGCGCCGCCCGCUCAGAGUACAACAUGGAGUGCUGGGACACCACCAUCCUGCGGCCCAUACGGCCCAUCGAGACGGUCCACUUUGAUGAGAAGCUCAAGGCCGAGCUGGUCUCCGACAUCCGCAGCUAUCUCGACGUGUCGACGCGCAAGUUCUACAACGCCCGCGGCAUCCCCUACCGCCGCGGCUACCUGCUCCACGGCCCUCCCGGCACGGGCAAGACGAGCCUGUCGCUCGCAUUAGCCGGCCACUUCGGCCUGGAUCUGUACAUCCUGCACAUCCCAAGCGUCCGUGAGGACCGCGAGGUCGAAAAACUCUUCACGGCCCUCCCUCCGCAGUGCCUCAUCCUGCUCGAGGACAUCGACGCCGUGGGCAUGAAGCGCCGCGCCCUGAAGGACGCAGACGAGGCCGACGACUCGGACUCGGACGGCGACGACGACGACGUCGCGGAGCGCCUGACGCACUGCCGGUGCACGCUGUCGGGCCUGCUCAACAUCCUCGACGGUGUGGCGGCGCAGGAGGGCCGCAUCGUGCUCAUGACGAGCAACGUCGCCGACAGCCUCGACCCGGCGCUCGUGCGGCCCGGCCGCAUCGACCGCAUCAUCUACCUGGGCGAGAUCUCGCGCGAGAGCGCCCGCCUCAUGUUCCUGCGCAUGUACGACGGCGAGGAGGACGGCGUGAGCGUCGUGCGCGACAAGUCGGGCGCCGAGCUCGCCGCGCUGGCUUCCGAGUUUGCGGCGGGCAUCGCGGAGCGGUACUUUACGCCCGCGCAGGUGCAGGGUUUCCUCUUGCGGUAUCGCGGCGAUGCGGUCGGGGCGGCGAGGGAGGUGCGCCGCUGGGCGGAGGAGGAGGGUCGGGUUAUGGAGGAAGCGAGGGCCAAGAGCCGGAGGGUGGCGGAGGCGAGGGCGCGGAGGAAGGAGCGACGGAAGGAGAGGAGGCGGGCGAGGAAGGCGGAGGAUGCGGAGAGGGCUUUGGCUCUGGCGGAGAGGCGGAAGCGCAAGGGUGCUGGUGCUGGUGGCGGCGAUAACGAGGAGGCGAACGAGGAGGCGGAGGGAGAGGAAGAGGGUCAGGGUGAGAUUAAUGGGACGAAGGAGUGCAAGGUCAAUGGCGAGAAGAAAGGCGAGGCGGAGAAUGGCGAGAUGACGGGCCGUGAGGAGGAGAAGAAGGAGAGCGGCGAAAAGGAGAAUGGAGACAAAUCGGAGGCUGUUGAGGCAAAGGAGAACGGCGAGACCUGA